AGCACCAGCCAGCCAGCCAACAGCUAUAGAAACAAGUUUGUAUCGGUAAAGAGAAGAAAAUGCACAUUUAAUGUUUGUGGUUUGGCUUUUAGUUUAAGGUUGGAAUUUGCCCACGGGAAGUUAUGUUCCGAGAAAAUGAAGACAAAAUCAUGAAAGCUCCCGGCAUUUGUUUUGAUGGAUCCUCAUGUUGGCACAUGUUUGCCCCCUAUGUCAGAGUGAAGAGGCCAGGCUCACAUGUCAAAGAUCUACACUGGCUGUGCAUACUUCUCCUCCUGGUCGUCCUGUUGGCAGGUCAGGCUUCCUGUAAUGAGACCACUGCUUCCCCUCUUUCCAGUCCUACAACAAAUGCACAGACUUCAGUAUUUUACCAUGUUGCUGUCACCGUGGACGUCAAUGGACAGAAGGAUGAAUCAAACAUCACUGCUUGGCUUGAGGACGUGUUCCGAAACAACCUGCAGAGUUGCGUAUCUCAGAUCAACAAACAAACAACAGCCCCACCUGCCUCUCCACACACUACAUCUGCAAGCACUUCAAAUGUGACGACACUCAUGACGCCAGCGACAGCAACACUGCAGAGCUCUAAUACAACUACAGCUGCAGCAAACACGAUGUUACAGAGCUACAGCACAACACCGGCAGCAACGACAUUCAGGAGCUCCAACACAACUACAACAGCAACAACAGCAUCAGAAAGCUCCAACACAACUUCACCUGCAACAACAGCAGUAAAAGGCUCCAGCACAACUACACCUGCAACAACAGCAGUAAAAGGCUCCAACACAACUGCAACAACAGCGUUUAAAACUCCCACCAUGACUAUAGCUUCAACAACAGCAUUACAAAGCACCAUCAUAACUACACCUGCAACAACAGCGUCAAAAACCACCACAAUGGCUACAGCUGCAACAACAGCGUCAGAAACCACCACCAUGGCUACACCUGCAACAACAGCAUCAAAAACCACCACAGUGGCUACAGCUGCAACAACAGCGUCAGAAACCACCACAGUGGCUACAGCUGCAACAACAACAGCAGUAAAAAGCACCACCAUGACUACUUUUGCCACAACAGCGUUAAAAACCAGCACCAAAACUGCAACUGCAACAACAACAGCCUCAGAAACCAUCAAGACAACUACUUUACCUGUCACCGGAGUGAUCACUCAGACUGCUCUCAGUGAAGACCAGAACAGGCCAACAAAGAGACCACCUCCCUCUCAGGCAAACAAGGAGCGUGUAGCUCGUGAAAUCAGGAACAGUGUGACACAAACAAGGUAUCCAGUAUCUCCUGAAUCUCUCAGUCCUGCAGUCCUGGGAAUAGAAGUUUCAUGCGCCACAAAGACUGCAAUAAGAAAAACCAACUGCUCAGUGACGCUGCAGCUGAGGCAUAGCAUCCCCCCGUGCUGCAUCCUCCGUACGCUUUGUGCAGCCAGUAAAAAUUCCUCUGACAUCCAUGUGGUGGGAAAAUCAGCAGAUAGAGUCCGUGGACUAGAAAAUGAGUGCAAUAGCAAUAUACAAGAGGAAAAAAGUUGUGUUUAUACUGGACAAGCCGGUGCAGCAUGCCAAGAGUCUGAGUCAGCAUAUGUGAUUCCUCAACGCAACACAACUCACUGUGAUGCAGAAAAGGGGAAUAACGUCUGCAACUGCUCUGCUUACUGCAGUGGAACUGAUGCAUACUACACUUUUGAGAUUUUUAUAAAAGAUACCAGCAAGAUGAACCUUACGUAUGUCUUGUCCCUGAUUUCUAAGCUUAAACAGCAACCAAACUGCUCUCCAAGUGCAGAAGUUCCAUGUCCAUCAUCAAUCCUUGCAUCUGAAUACACGGAUGCCAAUGUCACAUGUGGACUCAAUGAGGCAGAUCUUCAAAGCUGCCGUGUGAUUUUAGUCUUUGCCCAUGAGGUUCCUAUCUGUAAUGUGUCGACAGCCGUGAUCAAUGUGUUUCAGUCUGUGAAAGAAAUUAGUUUCAAUGGACAGGUGACCCGAGCAGCAAUUUGUGGAAAUUCAGAAGUCAACAGCAACCCACUAAAAUCGGAGUUCAAGUGGGACAUAGUUUACCUAAAGCGUGCCUCCUUUUGUACAAUAGAAGAGUCCAACCUCAACCUCACUUGUCCAAAUGGAGUAAAUGUGCUUGUGCAGAUGGAUGAGCAGUGCAAUCAGAGGGUUUUUACCACACCUAGCCCAAACGUGACAACCACACUCAGCCCAAAUGUGACAACCACACUCAGCCCAAAUGUGACAACGGCAGAACCCAACACCACCACCUCGUCUGUCAAUGUAACUUCUCCGCUGAACACAACUGUGACUGCACAACCAAACACCACCACCCUGUCUGCGAAUGUAACUUCAUCCCCACUGAACACGACAGCUCAAGCCCUGAAUGCCACCACCACCAGCUCUCCUGCUAAUAUCACAGCGACAGCUGACAGCCAAGCCAACGCGCUGCUUGACCUGACCAGAGACGUGUCCAGUCUGAACUCCAGCCAGGUGGAUCAGCUUGUGUCCCAGCUGGAGAAUCUGUUGUCAGGCCCGACUGUCAGCCUGGCACUGGGAAACACUUCUGUCCAUAUCGUCAGUAAUCUAUUGGGUGCUUCUCCUGAGGUGCUGUCCGACUCCUCCAACAGGAUCAUAGGGAUUGUUGAUACAGUGGGGUUGAAGCUGGUCCUUGAUGGAAAGGCUCAGACCCUCUUGUCCCCGGCUGUGGCUUUGUCUGUGAAACCAGCAGAUGGCAGCAACUUUCAGGAAACAUUCUUCUCCAUCUCAGACCCCAAUGAUGUCCAGGUUCGUGGGGCUCCCAGGCUCAGAAGGAGUGUGAGAAAAGACUCCUCCAUACCUCAGGGCUCCAUCAGGCUACCCCCCACCCUCACACAGAGUUUGACCUCUGAGCAACAGCAGCUGGUCUCCAGAGUCCAGUUCAAUUUCUACCAGGAGAGCACAGUGUACCAGGACAGAUCUUUGGGAAAACGCAAACUCAAUAGUGGGAUCCUGGGAGCGAGUGUGGCCAACCUGUCAAUCAAAGAACUGCAGGACGAUGUUGUAAUUCACCUGAAGAACAUGGAGCCUGUUCCAGCUAAUUUUGUGGCUACUUGUGUUUUCUGGGACUUUACAUUAAAUGACGGAUCAGGUGGUUGGAAUCCGAGAGGCUGUUCUGUCCGAAACAGCACUGACAAUGAGACAAUAUGUGGCUGCAAUCAUUUAACUAGUUUUGCUAUACUGCUGGACCUCUCCAGAGAGACUCUCACCAGUCGUGUUCAGGCCACCAUCCUCACCUUUAUCACAUAUAUUGGCUGUGGAAUCUCUGCCAUCUUCCUCUCCAUCACCCUCCUCACCUACUUGUCUUUUGGGAAGUUGCGGAAGGACAUUCCAUCCAAAAUCCUAAUCCAGCUGUGCAUGGCUCUGCUGCUGCUGAACCUGGUCUUUCUGGUGGAUGCGUGGCUGGCGCUCUACCCUGACGCUGUGGGCCUCUGCAUCUCCACUGCCUGGUUCCUUCAUUACUUCCUGCUGGUCACCUUCACCUGGAUGGGACUUGAGGCCGUCCACAUGUACGUGGCCCUCGUGAAAGUCUUCAAUAGCCACAUAUCACGCUACAUGCUGAAGUUCUCGGUGGUCGGCUGGGGCGUCCCGAUGAUCGUGGUCAUUAUUGUCAUUGCGAUUGACAAGGAUAACUACGGUCUUGUCUCCUACGGAAAGUUUUCCGAUGGCACUAGUGAUGACUUCUGCUGGCUGAAAAACGACAUUGCUUUCUAUGUGGCAGUAGUGGCAUAUUUCUGCGUAAUUUUCCUCUUCAACCUCGCCAUGUUUGUGGUGGUGUUGGUCCAGCUGUGUCGGAUAAAGAGGCAGAACCCUCACAAUGCUCAGCACCGCACCACGCUGCAGGAUGCGCGCAGUGUGGCAGGGAUAACUGUCCUCCUGGGCCUCACUUGGGGUUUUGCCUUUUUUGCCUGGGGGCCCCUUAACCUGCCGUUCAUGUACCUCUUUGCCAUCUUUAACUCCUUGCAAGGUUUCUUUAUAUUUGUGUUCUACUGUGCGGUGAAAGAAAACGUGAGAAGGCAAUGGAGAACGUACCUGUGCUGCGGCAAAAUGAGACUAGCAGAGAACUCAGAAUGGAGCCGCACUGCAACACAGAAGACUGUGAAGAAGUCAUCAAUGACCAAACUGAGAUCUCUUAAUUCCUCAAAGUCCUCCCAGUCCAAUAACUCAUCCAGCUCCACCUCUUUCCUCGUCAGUGACUCUUCAGAGCAGAUUAAUGGCAUUGGCAGCCCGUUUGAAGACAGAAUAAUCACAGCGGAUGAAGACCCCAGUAUGGACGUGGUCCUCAAUGAGAUCAACAGACAGUACAGAGACCGACAAGCCUCCUGAUCCUGAGAGGACACAACAGACUGUUCAAUGGCUCUUAAUUUGAAACACCUGUACAUACUGUAAUAAUAGAUAGUAAUUUAUGUACCAUCCCUUUGCACAUAAUAUGUAUUAUAUGGAAAUCCUACAUUAUAAAUGGCACUUGAUUUUUGAACACUUUUUAUAUACUCAUACUGAACACUUAUUGUAUUUGCACAAAAAACAAACAAAAAACUUUUAUUCACUGGUACUGUGAUGUUAUCAGUAUAAGUAGUCAAAUUCCAGUGGUGCAUUGCACACACUGACUCAUGGUCAACAAGUCAAUAUCAACACAAGCCAACAGACUGACACCAGUUUUGACCUUAAAUUACUUUCUUGUAAUUGCAAAAUAAAAAGAAUUAUGUUUGUAUUUA